AUGGGUCAACUCUCUGAGACGGAAUUUCAAGUAACAAUUACGCUCGACAUUCUCGACGAAGAAGAUCAAGAAGCGCCGUCAUUCCUCCUCCAAGUUCGCUAUCCAGACGAGUACCCCGAUGUCGCGCCGCAUCUUGAUCUCCUCGGAGCGCAGAAUACUCCAUCCCAUGAACACUUUAGCAUUAGCGAUGACCGCGACCAACUACUCGCCGGCAUCCAGGAGACGAUACAGGAAAACCUCGGCAUGGCCAUGGUAUUCACCAUCGUCUCUGCCCUAAAGGAAGCCGCGGAGCAGCUCAUCCAAGAUCGCAAGGACUCGGCCGCCAAGGUUCAUGAGGAAGCCCUGCUUGCCGCAGAGCGCGAAGAGAACAAGAAAUUCCACGGCACACAAGUCACACCGGAGACGUUCCUCAAGUGGCGUGAGGGCUUCCUAAAAGAGAUGGAAGAGAAGGAAAGACAAGAAGAGGAGGAGCGAUUGGCUGAAUUGAAAAGGGCCAAGGUCAAGGAACCGGUCAAGCUCACCGGCAAGCAGCUGUGGCAGAGGGGUCUGGCUGGAAAUGGCGAGGAGGAGGGCGAGGAGGACGACGGGGUGCCGACAGAGGGUGUGGAAAAGUUGUCAGUGGAGGCCGCUUGA